AAUCUGGAGUAUUGCCAUGGAUGGGCCCGGACUUAGGGAGCCGAUGCUGGAUGCUAAAUCCGAGGUCACCAACCAGCUUAUAGAUUUUCAGUGGAAACUGGGUAUGGCUGUGAGCUCCAACAGUUGCAGAUCUCUUAAAUAUCCUUACAUUACAGUGGUGCUAAAAGUGGCAGAUCAUUCAGGUCAAGUAAAGAACAAAUCUUUUGAAAUGACAAUUCCACAGUUUCAGAAUUUCUACAGACAGUUCAAGGAAAUUGCUGCUGUUAUUGAAACUGUGUGAAAACUGAUUACUUGUGUUGAUAAAUUGUUAUCAUUUUGAAACAAUGGACUUCACCUUGUAU